UUUCCAUGCUAAGUAGAUAUCAAACAUCAACAAGACCUUUAAAGUAAGUCUCACAUUUCAUCAGGAAGUUACAAAAUGUCUGCGGACGAUCAAGUAUUCUUGGAUAUCGUAUGUACUCUGUCUACUCGAAGUCUUAUGGCGUCUACUGAUAAUCUGAUGUUGGUAGCUAUCCUCCGUACCGAACGAUAUUAAGAAGUAUAGCAACGAUGUUGCAGAUUAUAUUGAAAGACAUAUUGAAAAAGUAGCUGCAUCAAUAAGAGUAUCCCUUGCCUCUGCAGAAUGGAUCCCUCCAUCUGCGCGUCCCAGACCACCUCCGCCAACUCGAACUUUUGUGGUACCUCAAUCAUUAUACACCCGGAUUGAACAAUGGGUGUCAAGGAACAAGCUUCUUACUGGGGCUAUUGUGAUAGUGGUCGGUGGAAUAACGUAUCAUGUUAUUAGGAACAGGUCAAACUACCGUAAGAAGCGGAGAGCUAAGCGUGCUGCGACUGGCGCUAGACAAGAAGUUGUGGUGGUUGCAGGAUCUCCGUCGGAACCAAUAACGAGGUCGAUUUCCUUGGACUUGGAGCGCAGGGGCUUCAUUGUUUAUGUCGUAUGCAAUACGAUAGAGGAUGAAGUUUUAGUGCAGAAUGAAUCUAGGCAGGAUAUCAAGCCUCUAAUGAUCGAUAUUGUUGAUGUGAGUUUAGAACAAUAGUCCCGUGAGAUAUGUAAACUGAUCUCGUUGUAGCCGUCAAGUGCUUCCGCCGCAAUCGAUAGAUUUGCAGCCCAUCUAAGAGCACCACAUUCCCCUUUUCAAGGUGGCAAAACUCACCAUCUAAUAUUCCGAUCUCUUAUUCUCAUCCCUUCACUUACUUAUCCCUCUUCCCCAAUCGCCACCCUAUCCGCAUCAACAGUAUCUGACCUCCUCAAUACUCGUCUUUUGAAUCCCAUCCUUAUCCUUCAAAACUUUCUUCCUCUCCUCACGCAGUUACCAUUUCAUGGAUCCCACAGCGGCGACAUUGUUCCAAAGCCUUCCAUUCUCGUCCUAACCCCCAACAUUAUACCCUCCCUGUCCCCCGCAUUCCACGCGCCCGAGUCGUCCACCACAUCUUUCCUCAAGACCUUCACCCAAAUCCUCACAUCUGAGCUCUCUCCGCUAUCUAUCCCUGUGAUCAACCUACAACUUGGAACUUUCGAUUUCUCCUUCUUUGGGCCUAAGAACCAACUCCAAUCGUACCGGGGCCGCUCUCCUCCCUCCAACCCAGAUUGGGACCCAACAUCCCGACACGUAUAUUCACGAAAUUAUGCCGCCAUCAAUCGUUCAAACGUGGGAAUAGCAAUGGGAUGUGGAUCACUUGGUGGAGGCUACGGGAAAGGAAGCAGUCUCCGAGAACUAAACAACGCAGUCUUCGACGCUAUGGAAAGGAAAAAGGGCGGCAUCAUCAGAGUGGGCAUGGGAAGUAACAUAUAUGGAUUUAUUGGAGCAUGGGUACCUCGCGGGCUAAUAGCGUGGAUGAUGGGAGUUAGAAAGUUCAAUGCGGAAAGCGCAGGAGAUGAUUCUCAUGCGUAUGCCCCCGGCAGUUCAAGUUCAAGUACGUCUAGUUUUGAGGGUAAAGCUUUCACGCCCGAGAGUAGUGAGACGAGUGGGGGACCUGGGUUAGCGGGAGGUGAAUAUAUUUCGGUUAGUGAUUUGGACAGUAAUUAGGACAAUAGGGGUUCUGGGUCUUGGAAUUCUAUAUAGGGGAUACUACCUGUGAGGUGUCUUUCUGCUUUUGGUAUGAUAACUUAAGUUACCAAAUAUGGCGUUUCGGGAAAUUUUGAUACGGACUGGCGCAGGAAGGCAUUGGAGGUAACUCAGCUCAUGAAUAUAGUCAAGCUAUGCGUAGUUAUUACACAAUGACAUCGAUUUGAACUCAU